CAAACCGAAACGCAUUCCUGUUUCACGGCAGAAAUAAGCAGGGUGGUGGUACCUAACCACGCGGACUCACAAGAGAUCCUACCAGCAGUAUAGGUCCUACCACCAGGUGAUUUAGCUGUGGCUCUAGAAUUGGUGUUAUUCAUGGGAAAUGGUAGCAUACUCCACCGGUCACCGUCUUCGUCGAACCCGUCGCUUGCGACGAAGGGCUCGACGAGCGAAUUAACCCAUAGACACAGCCCACUGAGUUUCUCGCCGGAUGUUCUCAGUAGGUUGCGUUUCCGAUCCGGUGGUAGAUUCUGCGAAGCACUACUCUUGCUAGGGUCAGUGUUAGCAACACUCCGGUUUGAGCCCCGUGAGCUCACCUACACACGUUAGGGUGAAGCUGAAAUAGCCUCUCAAGGCUUUCAGCAUAGGUAGGCAAAAAAAAAAGGUAGGAUACUCUUUGUACAUGAUGUUAAUUGGGCUGUUCGUAUCAUCGAUUUGCCAUGAAAAAAUAAAAUCAGACUUUCCUCUCAGACCUAAUUCAACAAUUAUGUAAUUAUUGAAGAACCACUAAAUAAAAAAAAUAAUGCAAGUCACAUUUCGCUCACCGCACUACCGGCAAAAAGGCUCAGACUAAAGUAAUUGUUGUGACCAUAAAUAACAGGCCUAAAUUUUUAGAAUGCAAUGCACAUCACUAGUCAUGAAAAAUGUCACCGAACUGAAAUUAUUAAAAAUAAAAUAAAUUGAGCACUACAUAGGUACUUACAUAAAAUAAAAUAAAAUGUGUUGGAUGACAUUUGGUAUUUCUUCGUAAUAAAUAAAGACCACAAAAAUGUUACGAAGUAUUUAUAAAGUGUCGGGAACGGUUAAAAAUAUAAGCACCAAAGUGAAAUUCCCAGAAAAAUUUAAAGGAACAAUUAUUGAAAAAUGGGCUGAUUACUGGAAGAACUUAUUUAUUGAUUAUCGACAAAUGUUGCAAGAUUUAAGGAGUGAUAUACAAGAUGAUCCAAUGAAAGCCAUGAAGUGGACAACUGGCAUCAUAACCUUUUAUCUAUUAUCAAGAAAUAAUCCAACAGAAUGCGAUUUUAAAGACAACUUGAAAAUUAUAAAUAAUGAAGUCGGACUAGUAAGUGAAGAAUGUUUAAAUCCAAAGGCGGUCGAACACUUGCGAUUUUUAGACACCUGUUACAAUCAAGAAGUUAUUCAUUAUAGAAGCUUGGGAAUUUUAUCUGUUAUGUAUACCUCAGAAUUAAGCAAUUCCUGUGACCUAUACAGGGCCCAUUGUACCUACACGAAACCAACAUAUUUCAGUUUCCCCUCCCGUAUCGUUGAUAUUGGAUUCAUGGGGAAAUGGUGGAACUUGUUUAUAAAAUCUACAAACUAUGAUGUUAAUUAUUAAAUGGAAGUUUUAUGGUUUGAUCUUGUACUUAUUAUUAUGUGAAAGUUGAUAUGUUUAUUGGCCUGUCUGAUAAUGAAAUAUUCAGUACAGUUGAAUAACACAACUAUCAAAAUUUUUGUACUUUGGGUGGUAAGAUUUACUUCUUGUGCAUUUAAUGACUGAACACUGCAUCAGCUAUGUUGUUUAAAUAUUAAAGCCUUACAAAGGCAUGCUGUAAUCUGUAAAAUAUGUAUUAAAAUCACCAUUGAGAUCACAAACAUUCCCUUUGCCUGUUUUGAUAGCCACAUAAGCUUAACAAAAAACAUUCAAAUGAUCAUGACUUUUUCAUUACAAAAUAAAAAAUAAUAAUUAAUUAAUUCUUAUAAUUUUACACAACAUGCAUGUAGAUGAAUUUGUAUUGACAAAUAAAAUGUUUUCUAUUUCAGGUAUAAAAAUUUAGGUAGUUUUUUUAUAUUACUUCAGAUUCUAUGUCUAUAAAAAAAGUAAUUCUGUAUUGUACUUAGCUGCUGCAACUCUUUAAGAUAAUUAAUAUGCUUCUGAAUAUUCUAAUGUUCUUUAUAUAUGAUUUUAUAUAUUUGUUCAUUCAAUCUCGAGAUCCAGAUUAUACAGCUGCUUAUUUACUUUAAUGAACAAAUAUUUAGAACACAAUAAUAUAUAAUUUAGAAUAUACAAUUAUAUAUUGUCACAAGUUGUUAAUCAACCUGUUUAAUGGAAUAUUGACAUUUUUAUCAUCUUCUAACAAUAGUUUACAUAGUAAUGCGGCCUCUAUUUAAUUUAUCAAAAAAAUACUUCAACCAACAAAGCAAGUUCUGUCACAUGUGAAGUGACAACUCAUUACUUGUAAAUUUAAACAUUUGUCAUAAAGUAGUACUCCCAACUUCAAAAUACUAUAAUUAAUAUAUUUGAAACAACAUGAGAUUAAGUAAUGAAUAAAAUAAGAACAACAUUGAACCAUAAUACUGCCUUUAAAAAACAUCAAAAACUUAUGAAAACUUUAAUUAAUACCAUUGUAGUAAUAUUAAUAGUAAUAAUAAUAGAUUCAUUUAAAUGAAA